AUGUUGUCGGUCCUAUUGACAUCCCUCCUGGUGGCAUCAGCGGGAGCUUCGUCCGCUUGCCGAUGCUUCCCCGGCGAUGCUUGCUGGCCUGCUGAAGAUGUAUGGUCCAAGUUUAACCAGUCAAUUGAUGGUCGGCUGGUGAAAACUGUCCCUCUUGGUAAAUUAUGCCACACACCUAACUACGAUGCUGCUCAAUGUGCGACCCUACGUGAGGGUUGGACAGUCCCAGAGGAACACUACGAAUCGUCGUCUUCUAUCAUGGCCCCAUAUUUUACCAAUGGCACCUGUGAUCCUUUCCAUCCCAUCUCGAAGCCCUGCACACUGGGCAACUAUGUUUCCUACUCCGUCAACGUCACCACCCCCGAGCAAAUUUCCAAGGCGCUUCAGUUCGCUACCAAACAGAACAUUCGAGUCGUUGUUCGUAACACGGGGCAUGACUACAACGGGAAAUCCACCGGUGCAGGUGCUCUCGCUAUCUGGACACACUACAUUAAGGACCUCAAGAUUCACGACUACAAGGACCGCCACUAUACUGGAAAGGCGAUCACCAUGGGUGCUGGCGUGCAGGGAUUUGAAGCUUACGAGGCAGCUCACGAGGCAGGCGUCCAGGUUGUCGGGGGCGAGUGUCCCACUGUUGGUCUUGCUGGUGGUUAUAGCCAGGGCGGCGGCCACUCGGCCCUUUCUUCCCGCUACGGGCUUGGUGCCGACCAGGUUCUUUCGUGGGAGGUGAUCGACGCCAAGGGAGACUUCGUCACCGCCACUCGCGACAAUGAGUUUGCUGACCUCUAUUGGGCUCUCAGUGGUGGUGGUGGUAGCACCUUUGGUGUUGUUUGGUCGAUGACUUCCAAGGCGCACGCGGCUACCCCGGUGUCGGGUCUCAACUUGACCUUUACCAGCACUGGUAUCUCCCAGGACAAGUUCUAUAAGGCGAUUGAGUUGUUCCAUACCAGACUGCCGAAAAUUACCGAUACUGGUGUGAUGAGCAUCUGGUUUUAUACCAAUACCAGCUUUGCAAUCUCGCCAAUGACCGGUCCUAACAUUUCCGAGAAGGAGCUGCUCUUGCUAAUCAAGCCUUUCCUGAGUGAUCUUAUGAAACUGGAUAUCAAGUACACUCUGUACUCAAAGCAGUUUGAUAGCUACCUAGAAGAGUUCAACGGCAUGCAACAGGAAAUUGGCGUCGGCGAGGCCCAGUAUGGCGGCUGGCUAAUUCCCCGGUCGGUGGUUCAGAAGAACAACAAGGCCUUAACCCAGGCCUAUCAAGAGAUCACCGAGGACGGUGCGACAUUUAUUGGUGUCGCCUUGAAUGUUUCUCGGGCGGUUGUGGGAGAUGUUCACAACUCUGUCCUGCCUGCCUGGCGUGAUACUCUGAUUGACACAGUCAUAACCACUCCUUGGAAGUUCGAUGCCGAUAGCGCGAUGCUCGAACAGCAGCGGAAGAUGACUGAUGUAUACAUUCCUAAGUUAAUGGCACUGGCACCGAGCUCAGGAGCUUACAUGAACGAGGCCGAUUUCCGGCAACCCAAUUGGCAAAAGUCGUUCUUCGGUAAGAACUAUCCAGCUUUGCAGAAAAUCAAGGCUAAGUAUGACCCGAACGGCAUCUUCUAUGCUGCAACGGCCGUCAGCUCCGACGCUUGGGAGCAGCAGAAGGACGGUCGUCUUUGCCGUGCUGAACAAAAACGCUCUCAAGAAUUCCCCGGUUUCAUAAGGGAUCUGUAA